CAACAGUGAGCAUCCCCGACGUGGAUUCGAGAUCGUAUACUACGUCUCUUGGGAUAAAUCUCCCGAAUCCGCGUGGUGUGCGUGUCGUUUGCUGAAUUUUGUCCUCGCGAGUUGUUAGUGUUGCAUUUUCUGGUGUGUACUAAGUGCGGUCGUCGGCAGCUCUGAAGCGAAUUGAACUACAGAACCGCAUUUUGCGUUCGAACUCAAGUGUUGUGAAGUGAUGUUACAAACGCGACUACCGGUGGGUAAGCGAAGAUCCGGCCAUGUUGGUCCCGUCGUAGUGAUCUUAUUAUGUUGCCUACUCGGCAUUCCUGCCACCGUCCGAGGAGCUGCCCUCGUGGCAAAGGAUGUCUCGUACAUUGUAGACAACCGUCAGUCGGAAGAAACCCCACCUUCCUGUCCGAGCGAAAUCUACUGCCAUGGGGAUCUGUUGCGGACGGUGCAGAUGAGCGAGAUUUUCCCGGACUCGAAAACGUUCGUUGACAUGAAGAUGCGCAAGUCACCGAACGAGACGCUCGAUUCCUAUCAUGUGUUCAUGAGCACGCACAACAACAACCCCUCGAAGGCGAAUGUGCAGGAAUGGGUCGAGGCGAACUUCGAGAAACCGGGCGCCGAAUUCGAGAACUGGACGCCCGAGGACUGGAAAGAAACCCCAAAGUUUCUCGAACGCAUCAAGGAUGGCGAUCUGCGCCAGUUCGCUAGCAAGCUUAACCAUAUUUGGCACGAGCUUGGUCGUAAGAUGACAUCAGAUGUUGCGCUCAAUCCGGAUCAGUACUCGAUCAUUCACGUGGACAAUCCAGUGAUCGUUCCGGGUGGUCGGUUCCGCGAGUUCUACUACUGGGACUCGUACUGGAUCGUGAAGGGCCUGCUGCUGUCCGAGAUGUACUCGACCACCAAGGGCAUGUUGGAAAACUUCCUGUCGAUCAUCCAGCGAUUCGGUUUCAUCCCGAACGGUGGCCGCAUCUACUACAGCAUGCGUUCGCAACCGCCACUACUAUGCGGCAUGGUGAAGGCGUACGUCGAUGCGACCAAUGACACCAAGUUCGCGAUGGACAAUGUGAUGACACUCGAGCGCGAGUUCCUGUUCUUCAUGAACAACUACAUGACGGAGGUGAACGAGUAUCAGCUGGCAACGUACGGCUACAAGUCGAGUGGUCCCCGACCGGAAUCCUACCGCGAGGACAUCCUGAGUGCUUCCAUUUUCGAGCGGGAAGAUGACAAGCAGGACUACUACUGCGAGCUAAAGGCGGCAGCUGAGAGCGGUAUGGACUUCUCGAGCCGGUGGUUCAUCAAGGACGGUACGAAUUCGGGCAACCUAACCGACCUGAAGUGCCGUUCGAUCGUGGCCGUCGAGCUGAAUGCGAUCCUCUACUGGAACGCUCGCAUCAUCGCCGAAUUCUACGGCUAUCGUAACGACAUCAGUUCGAUCAGCAAAAAGGAGGAAUAUCUCGCCAAGGCGGAGGAGCUGAAAAAGGCAAUCAAUGCGGUGCUCUGGGACGAGCAGGAGGGCGUCUGGCUUGACUACGAUCUGAUCAACAAGAAGCUGCGCAAGUACUUUACGCCCACGAACCUUUCCCCGCUGUGGGUGGGUUGUUACGAUCAGAAGGACACGAACCUGCCGAAACGCAUCCUUGCGUAUAUCGACCGGUUGCAGCUUGAUCGCUACCCGGGUGGUGUCCCAAAUACGCUCCAGAACACCAACGAACAGUGGGAUUUCCCGAACGUGUGGGCUCCGAUGCAGCAUAUGCUCGUUAUGGGGCUGGACUCGCUGGACAAUGCUGAAGCGAAGGAGAUGGCCUUCCGUUGGGCGCAACGUUGGGUCCGUGGUAAUUACAUCGCGUACAACAGCACGAACGCAAUGUUCGAAAAGUAUGACGCACAAGAACUGGGAGGACACGGCGGUGGCGGUGAGUACGACGUGCAGACUGGCUUCGGAUGGACGAAUGGUGCCGCGAUGGAUCUGAUGAACAAGUACGCCGACAGAAUGACGACAGUUGGUGGCGAAUAUGAGGAAAAACCGGAGGAUAACGGUGCGCUGGUAGCAUACUCCGUCAACACCGGCAUCAUUGCCACGAUCAUAGCAUUCUUCGUUGGCGUCUUUGGGUGAGCUUGAAAUUGUCUGAGACUCAGAUGGCUGACAUGAUUUUACGGGAACCAGCAUAUUAACCGCACGGCAGCCGGUUAAGCCAUGUGAUGAAUUUAUGUCUCAACGUGUGUGUCUUCAACCGGCUGGACAAACUUGUGAUAACAGAGGAGAAUCGUGUUUUUUUUCUUUCUAUAACCACACCACAUAUACAAGCAGUAUCGCAACAUUCCCCAUCCUUGCGUGUGGUCAUUCCGGACGAUGUGUCUCUAAUCCUGAGCAUUUUUUGUUGUGCAUUGCACGCGGAACCCUAAGUAUUAAAAUCUCCUGUUCCGUGGUGCCGUUUACCACUUCAUUCUUUUAGGCUUUGUGCGAUAUUCUAUCCGUUGAGUAACGUAUUAUUCUACUAAACAUAUUUAAAAAAAAAUGAACUACAUUCAUAAGCCAUUGUGUUCAUGUCGCGAACAUUUCCAGAACCCAAUUCCAUCGUUGUGUUGAAAGAAAAACCUUACUCUUCUGUUCCACUUACGCUCUUAUCUU